ACUUUGUGCUUUAAAAAAAAAAACACUGAGCUCUCAUGACCCAAGUGCACAGACUGCUGAACUAAACUGAAGAUGCCAACGCAAAGCGUCCUUGUCCGAGAAUUCUCUUUCCUGACGAGGGUACUACAGCAGUACUUGAGUUUGUUAAAGAAAUAUCCAAUCAUCACCAAAUCGGUUACGAGAUUUUUUAUCACUGGUCCAGUCAGUCAUUACAUCUACCAGCUCUUGGAGGUGCUGUUGCCAACCACUGUCCCAUACUGCCUGAUCAAGCGCCUUCUGCUGGAACGUCUAAUAUUCGCCCCUGCUUUCCUCUUGCUCUUUUAUGUGGUUAUGAAUGCUUUGGAGGGCAAGACACUCGCAGAUGUUCAAAACAAACUUAAAACAAGUUACUGGCCUGCAAUGAAGAUGAACUGGAAGGUUUGGACCCCAUUUCAGUUCAUCAAUAUCAACUAUGUACCUGUACAGUUUCGAGUGCUGUUUGCCAACCUGGUUGCUUUAUUCUGGUAUGCCUACCUAGCCUCAGUCAGGAAAUGAAACCACAAAACCAGCUACAGUGGACCUAGGUUGGUUUAGAUUGGUUGAAUCCAGUUUGUGCCUUUAAAGGACGGCUGCGCAUCAGAUAUGUUUUAAAUGUCUUCCAGGACAACUGACAGGGAAUAUUGGUCAGUUUCUGUAAUAUAACUGUGAUGUGGGUCGGUGAUGAGAUUUUACUGCUACUUCCAUUGACUGUUAAUGAAUUAUUGCUCUGUUAUGAUUCAUUUUAGAAAAGAAAAAAAAAAUCUGCUGAAUGUAUUUCUACUGCUUAUGGAAGCACUGACAAUGAUGUCAGAAUUUUGAUUGUUGUAUUUGAUUAAUUAAAAAACACUGAUUACAGAGACAAACUCAUUUGAGCAGUUUCUAAUACUGCUGCUAUUAUCUUCACUCUUUAACUGUGAGUUGAUCUACAUUAAUAGUAGUGGUCUUGCUAAUAUAUUUUGUACUUGUAUAGGCCUGACAAAUGCAGACAAUGUUGUUUUUUUAUGACAUUUGGUUUAAAAUAAUUACCA